AUGUCGACUCUCUUUGGCGGCGGCGCCAGCGCUGCGUCCGCGUCCGCCGGUGCGGCGAAUACGACAGGUGACAUCUCAAAAGAUGUGACUCUCAACCAACCUCCCGAGGACGGCAUCUCUGAUAUGGCUUUCUCGCCCGCCUCCGAUCACUUGGCUGUUGCAUCGUGGGAUAAGAAGGUCCGCAUCUACGAGAUUAACGAACAAGGCAUGAGUGAGGGAAAAGCUCUGUUCGAGCACGAGGCCCCUGUCUUGAGCUGCUGCUGGUCUCCGGAUGGAUCGAAGGUCGUCGGUGCUGGUGCCGACAAGGCUGCCCGCAUGCUUGACCUAGGCGCCGGAGCUACGACCCCCGUACAGGUCGCCGCGCACGAUGCGCCCAUUCGAAGCGUCCACAUGAUUCCCAACCCGUCCGUCGGCGGAUCUCCGCUUCUCGUGACCGGCUCGUGGGAUAAAACAGUCAAAUACUGGGAUCUGCGACAGUCGAACCCGAUCGCACAGAUUGAAUGCCAGGACCGCGUGUACACAAUGGACGUUAAGAACAAGUUGCUAGUCAUUGGUACCGCGGAUCGAUACAUCAACAUCGUCAACCUCGAUAACCCAACCAAAUUCUACAAGACCAUGCAAUCCCCCCUCAAGUGGCAGACGCGGGUAGUCAGCUGCUUCGCCGACGCGAGCGGUUUCGCCGUCGGCAGUAUCGAGGGCCGCUGUGCGAUUCAGUACGUGGAGGAGAAGGAUUCUGCUUCCAACUUCUCGUUCAAGUGUCACCGUGAAACCCCGCCCGCCAACCGGGAUAUCUGCAACAUUUACUCCGUGAACUCGAUCAACUUUCACCCUGUACACGGAACAUUUAGCACUGCCGGUAGUGACGGCACGUUCCACUUCUGGGAUAAGGAUGCUAAGCACCGGCUCAAGGGGUACCCGUCUGUCCAGGGUCCGAUUUCCAGCACUGCUUUCAGCCGCAAUGGCAAUAUCUUUGCCUAUGCUGUUAGCUACGAUUGGAGUAAGGGAUACUCGGCCAAUACUCCGCAGACUACAAACAAGGUGAUGCUGCACCCUGUGGGGCCGGAUGAGAUGAAGCCUCGACCUGGUGGAGCUCGCAAGCGUUGA